AUGCAAUACAAUCCCCUCAAAGUUAUUUCCUCGUACUCUAUGGCUGACGGAUACAACACAGGUUCGGGACGCCGAGAUGUCUAUCGAGGUUAUCCCUCUGACCAAUCUUCACCUAGACCUUUUUCUGGACAUCAAUCAUCAGAUCCCUAUCUUCAUUCAAACCAGCAGCCUUCGCAUUCGUCUUUUUCUCCGUAUGCACCUGUCUCCGGUUUUGCUCCCGACACGUUCGACUACCAGAGUCAUAGCACGGGCAGCCCUCCCUACCUCGACUCGCGCACCCAAAUGAACCUUCAUUCAUCACCAAGCUACGGCUCCCAACCACAUUAUCCCACAACCAUGGCUUCUCAAAAUCGUUUGGCAUACGAGUAUUCACACCCUUCGAACCCUGUUUAUCAUGCUCCAGUCAUGCCUCACCUGCAAUCUUCCUCCACUAGCGAUUAUCGUUCUCUUCCACAUGAUCCCCGAGUCAGUCCGAAUACUGGGGUCGUACGGAAUCAUAUCUGUCCUACGUGCGGCAAAGGUUUUGGACGACCUUCUUCUCUGGCUCAACAUGAGUUCACCCACACAGGCGAAAGACCAUAUGUAUGCAAUGUGUGCAACAAGGCUUUCAACACCAGUAGCAACCUCAAACGUCACCAAGGCUUACACGAGACAGCUUAA